CAAUCGGCUGGGAUCUUAGCCAAAUAAGUCUUAUUACCGCUAGUUUGGCAAUUUAAAAAAAAAGUAUUAUGCAUAAUUAGCUGCAUCAUGGGUUGUUUUGAACUAUAACUUUUAAUGUGUUAAACGUUAAAUUUUAAUUGAAUUAAUUUUAAUUAAAUAUUGAAUGACAGUAUUAGUAUUAAUGCUAGUAUUAGUAUUAUUGCUUGUAUCGUAUAUAUUAUAAUUAUAAGUCUAAGUCAAAGUCUAAAUUUCUUAGAGAGACUAAGACUAAGAUACAUCGACGAUUAUGCCUUAAGGCUUAAAUGUAGACAUGAUCAGAAUAUCUCACAAAUUUAAAUUUGAUAAAAUAUGAUAAAAAUGAAUAUUAAAAAAACGAAGUGUCUAUGGCCUAUGCCUAUGCUAUACCGUUACAUUUUAGGUCACCCAAAAAAAAAAUCAUAAUGACAUAAUUUUUUAAAAAUUAAGAGAAUGUACUUCCUGAAUUAGUCAGUAAAACCAACCACACAUAGUCAUAGCAACAUUAAAACUAAUCAAUCAGAAUACAGAAUAACUAGACUUAAACUUCAAACAAUGGUCAUGCCUUAAGUAUAGUGUCAUUAUAGACUAUAGACUAACUAAGAGCAUACCGGUACCCAAAUAUUAUUCGGAUGUCAUUUGUGGUAAUUAAUUUUAGUUAAACUGAAGAAGUAAGUUUACAAACGUAUAACUGAUAAUUAUUAUCAUAGUCAUAUAAUAUAUUAUCUUUCAUUUGAUACCAAAUUUUGUCUUACAAACCCAACAAUAAUAUUUUUAAAAUGUGUUUAAUCUCAACCUCUCACUUCUGAUAUUGUCAUAUUGUGGAAUAGCCACUUCGUUUUAGUUUUACUAACUUAUUUUAUACCUACUCUAGUACACUUUAGUUAACUAGACUAGUGACUAGUCUAAAUCCUCUAAGUUAGUCUAAGUAAGUAAGUUAGGAAGUAAGUCUAAGUCUAAAUUUUUUAGUAAAAAUAAAAAGGCAGACUUUUUUGAUUAAGUUAAGUGGCUAAGUCCUGUCCUCCUAAAAUAAUACAAAAAACUACUAAGCCUAAGAACUUACUAAGUUAAAAAGAUAAUGUCAGUAAUUUGUAACUAUAAUAACCAGAUUUAACAUAUUUUAAUUUUGAAAAUAUCUUAAUCUCAUAAGUAGUAAAAAAAAAAAAAAACGUUCAGAAACUGCCAUCUCAAGUAAGAAAAGCACUUCUUGCACAAAAUCUCCAGUAGCUUCUGGUUUGAAUUUUUCAUAGAAUGAAAAUAGAUUGAAGUAAAACAUCAUAAUUUGGAUUAGUAGAAAAUUUGUUUUGCUGAAUUGCCUUCAUCUCAGCAUAAAGUUUUGCCUUGUAAUUUGUGAUACAAUUUGCUCAGAUGUUUUGUUAAAUCUGCAGUAAAAGCUUAUUUCCAAAGCCAAUCAGUUCACUAUUUGUAGGUAACAAUAUAGCGUGCGCCUUCUCUAAAUCAAGAAAACAUAAAAAAAGUGUGAUAAAUCCUUCCCACAAGUGAGUCAUCUGAUAGUGGUAAGUUAAGUUGGGAUAUUCUGUUUUAAUUUGUCAAUGAUUGAAACCAUAUGAGCAAAUAAAUUUCACUGUUGAAACCAUAUGUUCCAUGACACAAGAAAAAUCCAUAUAUUUUUCUUGCAAUGUCUGUUGAUGAAUAAUGCAGUGACAAAACUUACUUGGGACAGCCUUGUAAAUUUCCCCAAUAAAACUUUUCCCUCCACCACACAAAUUUUUACCACCAUUUGCCACCAUCUUUUGUCACUCACUUCAGUUUUGUCAUAAUUGAAUUGAGCAGUGGUUUUGUUUACUAAUUUACUUCAUUGAAAUAUGACCUCCCCUGUUUUUGGGCCAUGCUUAUUAAUUACCAAUGAAGAGAUAUGAAUUCUUCUGUCUCAUUAAAAUCACUAUUGUCUCUGAGGGUUAGAUAAACUGAAGUUGCUGGACAGAUUUGGCCAGAAGGCUGUAGCUUGUCCACCCCUGGUGUAGCCAAUAAAUUAUAAACUAUAUAAUACUUAUUAAUCUGAGUAACUGUUUAAGUGAGUGUUAGUAUUUAUUCAUUCUUGUCAAUAUAGUAGCGCAGAGUAGGGCCUAUGUACAAGAAAGUUACUACUACUAGUCUAGUCUAGUUAAAAGUAAGGAUGUUUAAUGAAAACCACAUGUUGCUUUUCACAAACCAGAUGCCGAUUUUUAAAAUAAUUUUUUUUUAAAAUCCAGUUUUUAUUUUUAAUAACAAUAAUAAACUAAUGGUACAUGUAUACAUUAGUUACUGGCAUCAAAUGUCAAACCAUACUUCAUGUUUUAAUAGGGUUAGCUGAAUCCGGGGAAGGUCAUUUCCAAAAAUAGAUGACUACGUUUUGUGUUGGUGUCAAUGUUCCUUUAAGCUGUGCGGCUACGCGGCCGCGCAGCUAUCUCAUAGACACCGCGCAGCAGUUUUGAGUAUCCACGCAGCAAAUUUCCAUGUAAGUGUGUUGUGUGCUGUAAAAUUUUGCAUACAAAAAAAUUGAUGCUGUAAAUGUAAAACUUUGCACACAACUGUAUGAUUUUGCACAUGAACCAGCAAACCUUAGAGGGAACAUUGGUUGGUGUGUGAAUCAAUUAUUUAAUAUUAAUUUGAUGAUUUGAUGUAAUGGAUUUUGUACCUAUGAUUUGUUUAUUACUUUUACCUGUUCAUUAAUGGAAAAUAUAAUCUCAUAAUAAAUAUAUUUUUUAAAUGAAGUAUUUGACUUAAUUUACAUUUUUUGUAAAAAAAAUAUUUUGAUAUGAAAUAUAAUUUUUUUUGUUUUCAUACAGAAUUUUUAGAAGGUCGGUGUAUGUUUGAGUGUGUCCUUGAUAGUGACUGAUUUGCUAGUGUGUCAGUUACUCUUCGUACUAUAAAGAUUUUCCAAAUUAUAGUUUGUCAGCAAUAAAUAACCCCGCGCUGCCCUGUGGUAUGGUGUGGCAAGUCAAGUCCUGGAACCAAACUAUGAUAUCAAACUCUUUUUGUCUGUUGAUACUUUCUUUAUCCAGUCAAUGUCAAGUAGGAAUAUUAAGGGGGACAAGAGACUCCCUUGUCUCACUCCUAUUUGGACUUUAAACCCAUCUGUGGGAUUACCUGCAAUGCCUGCAAUGAAUAUUAAUAUUAGCACCUAAGAGACCUGAAGAAUGGCGUGUCAUAAAAAAUUUGAUUUAUACUUCAUUAAACAUUUUUGACAUGGUUAUGAAAUGCUUCAAUCUUUCCUCGUUAGGUGUCAAUUUAAAUAAAAUUCAGGCUUGGAUACUGAACUUUUUAACAAAUCGACCACAAUAUGUCAAGGUAAAUAACCAAUUAUCUCUAACCAGAGAAAUAAGCACCGGGGCACCACAAGGCUGCGUUCUCUCUCGUGUACUGUAUAAAAUAUGUACAAAUGAUAUUCAAAGCUCAAGCAACACCGUUCCAAUCUUAAAUUUGCUGAUGAUACCACCAUUGUUGGCUUAAUAUCUGAAGGAGAAGGCCUAUACCACAACUUAGAUAUAAGCUUUAUCAAUUGGUGCGAUGAAAAUUUUCUCCAGUUGAAUGUCUCAAAAACAAAAGAAAUGGUUGUUGGUUUCAGGAGGGUCAAACACCAGAUUACAGAUCUCAUCACAACCUUAUUUUCCAGUUAAUGCAUAAUGGCUGUGUUGCUUGGGGUUGAAAUGGCUAGAAAGACUUUGCAAUUGUAUGCUAGUAAUUAGUUUUUGUAGUGUUGCGUUUGUUUUAAAUGUGGUAAAUUAUAGAUUUGUAUUUUGUUGACUUUGCACCGCGCUUCGAGCCUUUGGGGAUGAAGCGUGUUUUUGAGAUGAACUUUAUUAUUAUUAUUAUAAAAGAUCAAACUGUGGAGAAAGUAGAGGCAUACAAGUACUUUGGUGUCACCAUUAAUAAUAAGCUAACAUGGCAGGAGCAAGGCCAAAUGCUGUACCUGGUAUAAGAAAUUCAACCAAAGACUAUUCCACCUCAAAAAACUGUACAACUUCGGCGUAAACAAGCAAGUUGUUAACUUAUUAUACAGUGCAACAAUUGGAAGCCUGCUAAAUUUCAGUAUUACCUGCUGGUGUGGGAAUUCAACGUCUGAUAUUUAACACCGCAUAAACUGACUAAUCAAGAAAGCUAGGAAAUAACACAAACUAAACACAUUUUGGAUGAUACAUCCCGCCCUCUUCAUCACAGAUACUUAGGAUCGGGCCGUUCGGGACGAAUUCUUUCCAUCCGGGUGAGGACUGACAGAGAUAAAUUUUCUGUUUCGGGUUGAUCCUGAAGUGUCAAAGUGUCCUCGUUUUAUAGCCAUUUUCAUUGUUUCUAUAGAAUAGUAGUUACUAUCCUAGUGUCUCAUUUGUAUUUACUUAGUUUACAUGUUUUAAUAAUUGUAAAGCGCUUAGAGCUUUAUGAUAAGCGCUAUAUAAAAAUGCCUAAAUAAAUAAAUAAAUAAAUAUAAAAAUUCUUUUGUUCCCCAAUCUGUACGAAUUUACCGGCGUGCUUCCUCUGAAGACACACAUCUGAAUGAGAACUAAUAAGUCCCAGAUUUUGCUAAGAGAACUCACUGAAUGGCUGUUUGAAAUAAUUAUAAUAAAUAAUUAUUAUAAAUGUCUUGUGUUCAAAUUGUUUUAUUUUUGUGCAAUCAAAAAACAUUUCCAUUUAUUUGGAUCACUAAAAGAAUCUUAUCUUAUCUUAAAUAUUUUCAAUAACUUUAAUUGGCAGAAAAAUAUCAUGACUUCACUGACCCACACUAUGUCUUUUCAUAGCAUUGCUGGUACAUAUUUUAGAAUGCAAAGGACUGAUAAAAUCUAGAAUAAUUCCCUAAAAUAACAAUUUCUGCUUAUUGUGUCAUUAAUGUUAAUUUGUUUUUCCCCUAGGAUAGACAGGUAUAUUUCAAGGAUUUUUUUUUUUGGUGAGUGUGUUGCUUUAAAUAAAUGUUCAAAAUCUCAUGGGGACAAGAAGAUUGAUAAAGAGGUGAUCAAUUAAAUUUCAAUAAUUAACCCUCUUGGGACGUAAGGGUAAGGGCCGAUCUAUCGGCCCAAGGUGGAUAAGCGAGAAAGACAAAAGUCCGAAACCAUCUGCCGAUAAAUCGAGCCUCGUGAUUGACUGCCUUGGCAUUGUACCAGCGAAUGAAAUUUAUUCUCAUGUAUUCCUGCACAUUCUGGCAUUUUAAUGAAGGUGUUUGUUGAUGGUGAGCUAAAUUUAUUUGAGUGCAGGAUUUUUUUUUUUGUGUAUAUAGUUAUAUCAGGAAAUUUUAACAUGUCUGAUAGUGACUCUGAUCAAACUGUGCUUAGUAAUUUUGAUAUUCUAGCAGUGAAUCUGACACUGAAACUGAUGAAAACAACCAGGAAAUUAAUGAAGCCUUUCAAAUUGAGGGUAAUGCUAAUUUUGUGAACUCUUGGUUUAGUAUUACUAGUAUUAGGGGUCCUCAACUGGACAGAGAUGACACCUCUGAAUUUGUAUACAUCAUAGGUCCUAUAAAUAAGGCAUAAGAACCCCAUUUGAGUACUUUAUGCUAUUUUUUACACUAAAUAUCACUCAAAUGUUUAUGAGAGAGACCAAUAGACAUGCAGACAACUUUCUCAGUAACAUCCAGGUGAAGAGAAGGUCCCUAGGUCAUAAAUGGUGGCCUGUUACAGUGAGUGUCUGGUGUCUGUAACAACUGGAAAAAUAGGGGGGGGGGCUGGAAAAGGAGUAGAACCAUGUGCCAGAUGUAUCUGAAGGGCCUCCAUGGGCCUUGUUUCCCAAAAACAUUAGUGUUAGGACUUAUUCAGGGUUCAACCAACAAAAAACUCACACAAUAUAUACAAGUAAGUCAUGUUUAUUCUAGGUUUAAUAAAAAAAUUAUAUGCAUAAAUUAGCCUAUACAAAUCAGGGUAGCUCAUUUGCAUAAAUGUUGAUAUUUCAGUUUGAUUCAUAAAGAUUGCAUUAGUUCAUUCAAUUUCCUACAAUAAUAUAUAUAGUUUUACAUAUAUUAAGGAAAUUGUUUAUUUUUUAUAAAUUUUUUUGCAAUGCAAAUGCCGAGCUUGUAAAAAGUGCUCCGUCUCAUGGGACAUACACCCCGAAAAGACUCCGUCCUAACAGGGUUAAGUCUAGUUGUAUGGUUUUUUUAUCCUAAUUUCUGUUUUCCAAACAUUGCAUGGUGUAUUUCAAAUUUCAAUUUAACAGAGGAUGGACAAAGAUGGUGAUGCCCAUAUCGAAGCAUGGGCCCAGCUGAUAUCAGUAACGGAUCUAGAUACAUCUUUCAUUCCAAUUAAAAAAAACAAGUUUGUCAUUGGAAGAAACAGUGGUAUGUUUUACAUCUUCAUUCACCAUCAACUUUGUGAAAUGGAUUCAUAAUGUAUAGAACAUCUGUGAUUACUUGUAUUCUGCCAUUAUAAUACCAGGACCACUAGUAUCGGCUUUCAUUUGUUUGCAUGUGGUGGGGAGAGUAAUUUACACAUUUGCUUUUGACUGAAUGUGAACAUUAUUAUUAUAAACAUCAGGUCCAUCCAAAAAUAUAUACCAUAUUUUCAGCCGUAUAAGACGACUUUUUAACCCAUGAAAAUCUUUUAAAAAGUCGGGGGUCGUCUUAUACGCCGGGGGUCGUCUUAUGACCUUGUGCACAGCCCAAACCCUAGAUUUUAACAGGAAAAGUAGGGGGUCGUCUUAUAUGCCCAGUCAUCUUAUACGCCGGAAAAUACAGUAUAAAUUAAUUUAUAUAUAUAUCCUAUACUAAAAAUGUCACUGGUUGUUAAUUUGAUCAAAAUUUGUUUGUUUUUAUUAUCAGACUGUGAUUUGCCCCACCCAGGCAACAAUCUGAUAUCAGGAAGGCAUUGCUAUAUUGAAAGGGAUGACCAAGGAAAAGUAUGGCUCUAUGACUCUAGGUAUUUUCAUUACAACCUGUAACAUUAAAACUUAAUUUUUUUUUAAAAUAUUUUUUUUUUUCAAUUACCCCCAAAAACCUCCUUUAUGAUUACUUUUAUAAUUUUUCAUGAGAAGCAGAAACAAAUUACUUUGAUUUUUAAUUUGAAAGGAGAGUCAGAAUGUAACAAAACAUGAUUUAUAUUUGCUUUGGAGUUUACAGUGUAAUGCAUAUAUAUUGCAUGUUUUGUGGCAGUGAGUUGGUAGUUAUUUCUUAAUUUUUCAAAUGCAGUACAUUAAUGUGUAUGUUAAAUAGUUUUAUAGGAAUAUAAUUAAAGUUCUGGUAUUGAGUAAAGCGGUCAUCUGGUUUUCUUCACAGCACAAAUGGAACUCUCCUUAACCAUUGUAUUAAACUCUGUAAAGGUGAGGUAAGAACUGGCCUGUAAAUGCAACAGCUUAAAAAUAAUCUCUACAGCAGUAGUCUUUAUAUUUAUAGUGUACAGGAUGGCAGGUUGUCUAUAGCACAAUUAAACUUAAGAAUAAUAAUAGGGGUUGUUUUCACCAAUGCCAAACAAAGAAGAUUGACUCCGUUAUUUUUAAUCACACACCAUUGACUUCAUUUUUUGACUUGACAGUGAAGUAGCCACUGCUUUGUAAUGACUACAUUUUUAAUAUUUCUGAAGAAAUCUGUGCAUCACCUCUCAUUCUGUUUAUUUCAGCGCAGAGAACUUCACCAUGGAGACGAAAUACACAUUGUCCAUAAGAAGAAUGCUACGCAUGGUGGUAAGUUUUAAUUUUGUCCUCAUGUAUCACACAAGUAGUCAUGGUACUAUAGAAACUGUUGUAUUGUAUGACUUUUUCAUCAUCUUAUAAAACAGUGCAAAAUGUUUCCUAAAAUGGCUAUCAUUAUUUGUCUAAAUAAUAGACUGCAUUUUGGAUCAAUUUUAAUAUAUUGCAAAGACUGGUUAUGUGAAGUAUGUUUAUCAGCCUAUCAUUUUUUCAGUUUGAAUUUGUCCUGCUGGUUGCCAAUAACACAAUAGGUAAAAACCAGUCUUGUAGACAUCAGUAUCUACAAGGGUCCUUUACAUAAAGGUGCAAUGAUAUGUGCAUUUUUUUGACUUUUCAGUUAUUGAAGUAUGCUUUUAUUAUUCUUUAUUAUUGAUUAUCACAUAAAUAAGUGAUCACAGUCAGUGUACAUAUCAUUGAGUGAUCACAGUCAGUGUACAUAUCAUUGAGUGAUCACAGUUAUUGUACACAUCAAUAAAUGAUUGCAAUUCAUGUACACAUCAAUGAGUGAUCGCAGUUUACAUAUCAAUGAUUAAUCAGUUAGUGUACAUACCAAUGAGUGAUCACAGUUAGUUUUCAUAUAAAUGAGUGAUCACAGUCAGUGUACACAUUGAUGAAUGAUCACAAUUAGUGUUCACAUCAAUAAGUCAUCACAGUAAGUGUACAUAUCAAUGAGUGAUCACAAUGAGUGUACACAUCAGUGAGUGAACUCAGUGAGUGAGCACAUCAAUUUUAUCAUUGGUGUCUCUUCAUAAUCACAACUUACAACUCCACUUAACAAUUGAAAAGUUUGUUUGUUAGAAGUUUUAAACAUUUUCAAUAUUUGGUUUUUAUGCUUUUGUAUGACAGAUUAUUAAUAUUGUGAUCAGUGGAAGUGUCAAUAUAUAAAUUACAAGUCCUUUUAUGCUACUUUCGUUCCAGCUGUUGUUUUUGUGUUUAAAAAAAAAACAAAGCCACCUAACUGAUGCAUCCUAGUAAAUUUAUAAUUUAUAUUCUCAAAAUUCUUCCAAAAAGAACUCACCACGCUUUAAAAAUAAAUUUAAAUAUUAUGAAGUAGCUGGUGUUGUUUAGACCAAUAUGUGUCUGUAUAAUGAAAGAUGUAUUGUAAACAAGAAUAUGGGACUGACACGGUUUACUAUUCACAGACAUAGGAUAUAUGUUCCAGGAAAUGGAGGCCCUAAGGGCUGAGACAAGCUCUGAUACAGAUGACACACAAGAAUACACUGUGCCACAAGCAGAUUUGACUAUAGAAGGUAUGGUUCAGAUAGGCUUUUAACAGGUAAAGUUCAGAUGUAACCACACCAGUUAUAGUUCAGAUAUGUCUAUACUGGUAUAGUUCUGAAAGACAUCAUAAUCAGUGGCGCUACAGCCCGGUGGCACCCUGAACAAAGGCAUGCGCCACCAGAUCCUUCCAUUAGGAUCGAUCUAUGACAUUCUGCCUCAAUGGGCAGACUCCCAGCUGGUGUAACUUCUUUUCUACAUUGUCAAUCCACCUCAGUCAUGGUCGACCGGUGAGCCAUUUGCCUCUAGGUUUCUGUCUGUAAAUCACUUUUACUGCUCUACAAUCCGGCAUCCUCUCAAGGUUUCCUGUCCAGUGCAGUCUGCCUUUUUUAUUUGUUGCGGCAAUGGGUGGAUUUUUGCAAAAUUGAUACAUCUAUUGUUUUCUAUGGAUUCUCUAUCCAUCAUUGUCUAUCAUCAGAUUGUAAUUUUCUUGAAGAUUUUACAUACCCAUGUUUGGAGAGGGUUUUCUGCUUUUUUUUGUAAGGAGCCAAGUCUCAUUUGCUUAAAUUACAACUGGUCUUAUAACAGUAGUGUAUAUUGCCUUAUUUGUUCUCGAGAGGUUUUUGAGAUUUCUGAAAGACAUGAGCUCAAAAAAAGCUGAAAAGACAAAUAAAACAUAAGAAAAAAUUUGAAUGGCCGAUUCAUCCGAUUUUUGUUAGUACAGUAAAACCUCCGUUUUGAGACCCUCUCUUAAACGACUUCCUCCAACAUACAACCAGAAAAAAAAUCAUCAAUGCUUUGUACUAUAUAAACGACCUCUCUUAAACAACUUCCUCUAAAAUACUACUUGCGACCUUCAAAUAAUUUAAUGUUACGACCUAGCACCUGAAAAAGUCUGAUUCCAAAGCAAUGCUAUAUUUGUGAGCUUGAAGAAAACAGUUUCGUUUACAACUUUUAACAGCAGGCGAUGCACUAAAGCAGCUAAGAAAUAGUGAAGGGGAUAUAAUUCUUGCACCGUAAAUUUGUCAGGCUUCUUCUUCACAAGUAGAUAACCAGCUCAGUGGCACUGAGAAUGAGAAAGAUGAAAAGCCACCUAUCAACUCUCCACUGCCUUGAAAUACUCCAAGGAGCUGACCAGAUUUGCCCUGAGCAGGCGCCUUUCAGCUUUUCAGCACAGCUUGGUCUAAAUAUAAAUAAAAGCAAGACAAAAAUCAUGAAGGUAAACCCAUCCAACCAAAAGCAUAUCUAUCUGGCAGGAAAGGCACUGGAAGAAGUGGAGUCCUUCAUAUACUUAGGCAGCACCAUAGACACAAAUAGCGGAUCUGAUGCUGACGUAAGGGCCAGAAUUGGAAAAGCUAGAUCUCCAUUCGUGCUAUUAAAGAAAAUAUGGGAGUCAAAGGAGCUGAAACUGCAAACCAAAGUUAGAAUCUUUAAUACAAAUGUUAAAACAGUUCUACUAUAUGGAGCAGAAACUUGGAAAACAACCGCGAGAAUUACGCAGAAAGUGCAGACAUUCAUAAACACAUGCCUUAGAAAAAUCCUGAACGUCAAAUGGCCAAAUAUUAUCACCAACAAAGAUCUACUAGAAAGGACAUACCAGGCGCCCAUUGAUGAAGAUAUCAUAAAGAAAAGAUGGAGAUGGAUAGGGCAUACGCUCCGAAAACCCCCAGAUAGUAUCACCAGACAAUGCCUAACAUGGAACCCACAAGGAAAAAGAAAGAGAGGAAGGCCUAAGAAUACAUGGACACGUGAGCUGGAGGCAGACACACAAAAUAUGGGAUGCACCUGGAAACAAUUGGAAAGGAAAGCACAGGACCGUGAUGAGUGGAAAAUUCUUGUGAACGGCCUAUGCCCCAGACGGGGUAAAAAGGCAUAAGAAGAAGAGGCGCCUUUCAGCACUGGCUGACACCUUGUCUGGUGUUCAAAGUGACAGUCUAAAAGAAAAAAAAAAAUGGGGGGGGGGGGGGGGGGGGAAUCAUGCAAACAAACAGAAAUAACAGCUUUCUUUUUUUUUAAAAAUAACUACCGGUAUUCAAUGAUAAAAUCAAAAUAAUUACAACAUUAUUAAUUGCGCUUAUCUUAUUUUCUUAUUAAUGCCCUUACCUUAUACAUAAAUAUGCAUGACUCUGCACUUACACAUGCUUUUAAACAACUACCAAUGAGGAAUUAAUGAGGAACAGGAAGAUAGUGACUGUUGUAUUGGUUGUGAGACAGAGUUUAAUCUAUAUUUCUGAAAGAAAGAUGAUAGAUAUUGCCUAUAUUUAAUGGUACAUGUACUUUUUUUAUUUAUUUUACUUGUUUACUUAUUUUUCUCAAUGUCCUGUUUCGAAAAUGUCCUACCUCUUUUUUUUAAGACCCCUCCAAUUUAACACCUCAUUUUAAUGUCGAUUUAAAGGUUGUAAAACAGAGGUUUUACUGAUUUUAUUGGGGGGGGGGGGUGUGUUAGAGCAACUAAGUAACAUUGGACAUGCCAACAGACAAGAGAUAAUGCCUAAAGAAAUAAUACAAAUUGUAUCAUCUUGGUGAACCCACUAUUAUAUGUUCUUCCUCUUUUUUUUAAGACCCCUACAAUUUAACUCCUCAUUUUAAUGGCGAUUUAAAGGUUGUAAAACAGAGGUUUUACUGAUUUUAUUGGGGGGGGGGGUGUGUUAGAGCAACUAAGUAACAUUGGACAUGCCAACAGACAAGAGAUAAUGCCUAAAGAAAUAAUCCAAAUUGUAUCAUCUUGGUGAACCCACUAUUACAAACCCACUGUUACAAAACUCCUCAGUAUGUUUGCAGUUCAUGCUCACGUUGUCUAGGGGAUGUUGUUUUUUUCACACUUUGUUUACAAACUAAGAACACUGACACAUUCUGCAAUAUUCUCUUCUUUAUUCACAUGGCAGAUAUUGACAGUUCAUCAAUAUAAGUGAUCUAUCAUUUCCAAAGGACAACAUCAAGACCCUCUGAAGAUCUAAAACACUAGCACCCUGAGAAUCAAUCUAUUGAACUCUUAGCAACUAACUACCAGCACAAGUUCUAUUAACAAUACACUGCAACGAUUCUCAAUACAGUGACUCUGUGCUCUCUUAUACACACUUUAAAUGACUAACUUUAGUCUCUUGGCCACACACAUUUGUUAUUCUUUAUCUUUGGACCGAUAGCACCACAAGACUGCCAAGACAACUCACAUUCCAAACACCACAGACUACCAAGACAACUCACAUUCCAAACACCACAGACUACCAAGACAACUCACAUUCCAAACACCACAAGACUACCAAGACAACUCACAUUCCAAACACCACAAGACUACCAAGACAACUCACAUUAGAAACACCACAAGACUACCAAGACAACUCACAUUCCAAACACGACAAGACUACCAAGACAACUCACAUUAGAAACACCACAGACUACCAAGACAACUCACAUUCCAAACACCGCAAGACUACCAAGACAACUCACAUUCCAAACACCACAAGACUACCAAGACAACUCACAUUCCAAACACCACAAGACUACCAAGACAACUCACAUUCCAAACACCACAAGACUGCCAAGACAACUCACAUUAGAAACACCACAAGACUGCCAAGACAACUCACAUUCCAAACACCACAGACUACCAAGACAACUCACAUUAGAAACACCACAAGACUACCAAGACAACUCACAUUCCAAACACCACAAGACUACCAAGACAACUCACAUUCCAAAUUAAUUAAUGACAGUUGCAAAUUUACCAGCAGCAAACAAUUUGAGCAUAUUAUAAUUUAUUUAAUGUUUCGUUCUUCUCCAAACUGAUAUUCCUCUGCCAAAAGAUGAUGCUCUUAAUGAGGGGUCAAGUCUGUUGCCAUUAUGGAAACGUGUAAGUGAUCCAUCCCACUCAAAGUGAAUAAAUAUAUAAAAAUUCAUAAAAAAUGAAGGCAUUGAGGUAGGAGGGAGAGGUGUUCAUAAUGAAGGUGGAGAGGUAGGAAGGAGAGGUUUUCAUAAUGAAGGCAGUGAGGUAGGAGGGAGACGUGUUCAUAAUGAAGAUGGGGAGGUAGGAAGGAGAUGUGUUCAUAAUGAAGGCAGUGAGGUAGGAGGGAGAUGUGUUCAUAAUGAAGAUUGGGAGGUAGGAAGGAGAUGUGUUCAUAAUGAAGGCAGUGAGGUAGGAGGGAGAGGUGUUUAUAAUGAAGGUAGUGAGGUAGGAGGGAGAUGUGUUCAUAAUGAAGGUGGGGAGGUAGGAAGGAGAGAUGUUCAUUAUGAAGGCAGUGAGGUAGGAGGGAGAGGUGUUCAUAAUGAAGGUGGGGAGGUGGGAAGGAGAGAUGUUCAUAAUGAAGGCAGUGAGGUAGGAGGGAGAUGUGUUCAUAAUGAAGGUGGGGAGGUAGGAAGGAGAGAUGUUCAUAAUGAAGGCAGUGAGGUAGGAGGGAGAUGUGUUCAUAAUGAAGGUGGGGAGGUGGGAAGGAGAGAUGUUCAUAAUGAAGGCAGUGAGGUAGGAGGGAGAUGUGUUCAUAAUGAAGGUGCUUAAUUUAGUUUGUAUUGAAAUAAAAAUCACAGUCUUCAGUUUUUAAUAUUGAAUAAACAAACAUUUUUGAAAUUAUAAUUUGUUUUUUAAUAAAACAUGUUAUUUCUCAUCAAACAAAAGAAAUCAAUGGAAAUUUUCCCAAUAUCUUGCAAAAAAUCAAAAUCAGAUUCUCUGCCAGAUGUCACCAUCUCCACAACAGGUGAAUGGAUAUUGACUUAAGAAAAAUUAUGCUAUUAUUAUUAUCCGUAAAUGUCAUCAUAAAUUUAGUAGGAAUUUUAAGGUGUUCAUGCACAACAAUCAGUUUUCAAAAACUUCUAUUUAUAACAUACAAAAAAACAUAUUCUCAAUUAUUGGAAGCAAAUAGACAUAUGUUAAGUUAAUUGUGUCACACUACAACCUAUCCAAAAUUAUUUAAUCAAUCCCAGCCUUUUUCAACCCUUUAAACUAAGAGCACUACGCAAUGUCUUAAUAAUUUGUAAGCAGUGCAUAAUUUUAUCUGUACAUGUUUCUCCAUCAUGUUUAUUGCUGCUAUUUACUUGUUUAACAUACCGGUAUUCAUAUUACACAUUUAACACAAGCUCACUCUUUGAUGUCUCAUUCUUUUAGGGAAACCACGUACUGCAGAAGACAAUCCAAAAGAUGUCGCUAGAGACAAAUCUGAAAUGACAGACAAAACUGACGACACAUUAGGAGCUGAUUCAGAAAGAAAAUCUUUGGGAGCUGAACCAGAGGAAGAUGCCAUUGCUGAGUCCCUGAUGUGUAUCAUUUGUCAGGAGUUGCUUCAUGAUUGUAUUAGGUAAUGUCAUGAUUGUAUCAGACAAUGCCAUGAUUGUAUCCGAUAAUGCCUUAUUUAUUUCUACUAACGCCAUCCAUGAUUGUAUCAGAAAAUGCCAUAUUUAUUUCUAGUAAUGUAUGAUUGUAUCAAAUAAUGCCAUGAUUGUAUGAUGAAAUUCAUGACUAUGAUUGUUAGAUGCUCUGAAGUAGCGAGUACUGUAGAGACCGACCAAAUAUUGGCUUCAGUUUCGGCGCCGAAAGUGGCCUUUUAUCACUUUUGGCCUAGUUUCCGUUUUGGCCAAAACUGAAAAGUUAACUUUCGGCUUAAUUUUGGUUUCGGCCGAAAGAGAAAAGUUAACUUUUGGUUUAUUUUCAGUUUCGGCUUCAUUCCUUCAUUUUUAGCAUUCAUUUUGAUUUAUCAUUAUCAUGCUCAUCAAUGUUGUCUGAAAUUCAUGACUAUGAUUGUUAGAUGCUCUGAAGUAGCGAGUACUGUAAAGACCGACCAAAUAUUGGCUUCGGUUUCGGCACCGAAAGUGGCCAUUUUAUCACUUUUGGCCUAGUUUCGGUUUUGGCCAAAACUGAAAAGUUAACUUUCGGCUUAAUUUUGGUUUCGGCCGAAAGAGAAAAGUUAACUUUCGGUUUAUUUUCAGUUUCGGCUUCAUUCCUUCAUUUUUAGUAUUCAUUUUGAUUUAUCAUUAUCAUGCUCAUCAAUGUUGUCAUAGGCAAAGGUGAAUAAUAUUGCAUAAUCCAUGGGAAUGGUAAAAUUUCCAUUUAAAAAAAAUAAUUUUUUCAUAAUGUUAAAAAGCAAACGUAUGCCUUUUCAAACCAUUCAUUUCUUGAACUUCAUCAUUAUCAUGCCCAUAAACAUUGUUAUUGACGAAAUAACAUGCAUUUGCAUGUAUCACGGAUUCGUAUUUUAAUUAUGUAUUAGGUCUACUGCAGACCUGUGUACUUUUAUGAAAUUGGCGACCAAUUUAGGUGUCUUUUGCGACUCUUCCUUUGAGACCCACAAUCAGAACAACAAUUUUAACACAAAGCAUUAGUAUUACGAAAACAGCGAAAAAUUGUGGUGAUAUUUUUAUAGCCUUAAUAACAUAUAUUUAGGUGGCAAUCGCAAUAAUUAUUGUUGGUAUAUAUUCUAAGUUGUAAAUAUAUAAUAAAAGCAAAGGGCACUCAAGAGUCUAUUUUGCAUUAAUUUUGCCAAGUAUUCCACAAAUUCAUUAAAGUACAACCUGUUACAAUCUGCUCAACCUUAAUAAAUAACAAAUAAAAACAUUACGGCUUCUCAAGAACUAGGAUUCACUUUCCUCCACCUACUCACUGUUGCCAGAGACCUGGCAGCGCUUCUUUUUACACAGCUGAGCAACUUUGGCUUAAGUGAGGAAGCAACUGUAUAGCUUAAAGAUCCUAAUCAGUAAGUUUGGCCCAGAACUUUGACUUGUUAAAGUGUAUAGUGGAAAAGAGCUUUUCAGACAGAUAGGUACUCCCAAAAAGUCAUAUGAUCCGCUUGAACAACCUAAAAAUUUCAGGGAAGGUGGAGGGCAAUGCAAUAAAAUGUCCAUGCUUGUCUGUUUUUCCAUUCAGCUCCCUGCGUGGGUCAUAUUGCACAUUAAAGGAGAAACGGUCAGCAAAAAGCUGAAAAGUGGCCGUCAGUGUUUUGAACUCUCAAAAAUGUGAUCAAACUCUUUCUGUAGCUUUGCAACGGCAUCAGUAUACUUACUACUAAGUUACUACUGAAUGGUGUGCCGAGUCCAUGAGUACUUUGCAUGUUGGGAAAUGGAAGAGGUUUCUCUAAGAACCAUAACACAAGUUUUGUGCCGAAUGCCCUGACAUUGUCAUAGGCAACACUGACAAGCUACCCCUGGUCUUGUAACUUCUUGUUGAGUACAUUCAGCUCCUGUGUAAUGUCAACAAGAAAAACCAAGUCCAUGAGCCAUUUUGGAUCACUUAGUACAGGAACAACCACCCCAUCCUAAUCCAUGAAGGUUUUAAAUGCUAAAACGUGUCAAGCAGUAGGCAGGAGCAGGCCAUAUUUAUGAAUUAUUCUUACCAAUAUAAUCAUCAUACAAAAAUAUAUAGAAACAUAAAAAAAAAAAAAUCAGAAUUAGACUAGUCGGUGAGAUUUGACUGAAACAGUCACGGAGAGUCACUUGAUAGAUAUGAGAAUGAGAACGCUCCGGCGCAUUAACACUUAACUUUGCUGUCAUGUAGCCGGCCGCAAAAUAUCGUCUUGCCGGUCACAAAUGGCUCGCAGGCCGGGAGUUUGAGACCCCUAUAUUAGAUGUUUAUUUAUUAAUAUUCAUGAUUAUCUCAUUUUUAUAAAAAGAAUGUACAUAUUGAUACUUUCCCCAUCAUUUUCAAUUUUUUUUUUACGAAUUUCAAAAUAUCUAAAUAUUUCAUUUCCGGCUUCGGUUUCGGCCUAAAGUCUCUUUAAUCUUUCGGUUUCGGACGAAAUUCAUUUUGUAACUUUUGGCCUAUUUUUGGUUUCGGACGAAAGUCAUUUUUAAACUUUCGGCCUAUUUUGGGUUUCGGCCAGAAUCAGAAAAUCACUUUUGUUUGGUCUCUAGAGUACUGUACCCAGAUUGUGUGUGAAAAUUGGCGGUUCAAAGAACAGGGUUGGGGUGGGCCAUUUUUUCUUUAUAUAAAGGGUGGCUUUGUUGGCAGAAUUGUGUUCAUGGAAGAGAAGAGGCAAAAUUUUCAGCCUGCCUGGGCAGCACUUUACCUUGCUACAGUUGGCUUCAGUAACUAAUGAUUGACCCUUUUAACAACAAGGAGAGCUUAAUGCCCUAUCUUUAAUUAUUUCUUAUGACUCAACUAUGGAAUUUGGAAUCCUAAUUAAUAUUUUAAAACUUAAAUUAUGAUUUUAUAAAACUACAAUUUCAACUGUUCAAAUUAGAAGCAAUUUUAUACCAAUGUUAACUAUUCCAUUAGUAAACUAAUAAUAUUAUACCAAUGUUAACUAUUCCAUUAGUAAACUAAUAAUAUUUUUGUUGAACUAUUCAUUGCAAUAACUAUGAUCAGAAAAUUCAUUCCCUCAUGGUGGGCUGCAAGAACUCAUUGAGUAUUUCUAUUGUAAUCAGUCACAAUGGCAUUUUUUUAACACAAACCAAGUUUUAAGCACUGAGCCGCUUCAUGAAUGUCUUUUGGUUUGGGUGUCAAUAUGUCAAUGUUACGUUACAUGUCAUUAUAUUGACUAAAUUUUAGUCUACAGCCAUGCAUGCAUUCUUUCUGUGGUGGCUGUUACUCUGAGUGGAUGGAAAGAUCUAAUGAAUGUCCAUCAGUAAGUUGUUUUGUGUAAAAUGUUUACAAUUUUCAAAUCUAGAGCUAAAUUAUAUUACAAAGUCCCCAUUGAUUGUUUGUUCAUGUAAAAACAUCAAUGUAAUAAUUUUCUUAGCUGAAUAAAUUAGAUUUCAAUUUAAACAUACCUUAUUCCUAAUUAUUCUGUUUAUUAAACAUACUUUUGAAUACCUGCUUUUUAGUGUCGGGUGAAGGUGGAGCGCAUCAACAAAAACCACAUUGUGAAUAACCUUGUGGAAGCCUACCUUAAAGUCAAGCCAGGUAUGUGAUGACAUCAAAUAGUCUCCCUUGAUAUUUUUUCUUCUUCUUCUAUAUCUUAAAGGCCCACGAUCAAUUUAUUGAUCAUUUUGGCUCCUAUGCAUGUAGAGGGGAUUUGCAAUGUGUUCUGUGCCUGGUGUUGAUUUCACUGAUUGCAAGUGCUACUUUAAUUUAUUAUAUAGGCCUAACUAAAACUGCUGUUUCUCUUCUGAUUUCUUCUAUUAAAAAUAUUUAUUGACUUUUGUCAUUUUAAAACUAAAAGUGUAUUAUGUGUAGCUCUCGUUUCAUCAAAAUAUAAAUUCUAUUUUCUUGGCUAAAAUUAUUUCUUGUUACUGUUUCAACAAAGAGAGGAUGAGGCCUGAGGAAGACAUACAAGCUCUGGACACCAAAAAUAAAAUAACAAGGGAAAUGGUAAAUGUACUCAAAGCAAUGUCAAAUAAGUUAAGAUACUGAGGAAGAUUUUUGUUUCAAUAUUUUUUUUUAGUCAUUUCCUGAUAUAAAAUAGUAGAACAAGGUAUGAGGAAGCUUGGGUUAAAUACAGGAGAAAAGGAGAAUAACGUUCUGGCAAUAACAAUGGCGAACGCUUAAUAGUUUGUUAAUAGUUUCAAUUUAUUAUCGUAUUUUCCUUUGUCCUGUCUGCUGAGGAAGACUCUUAGUUGAAACGUUCUUCACUUAUCAGACCUGUUUACUCUUACGAUUUUGGCGUACAAUGUACGAUUUUGAGGUGUAUACAUUAUAUAUACUAUAUGUUUAUUUUUUACUAUAAAUAUUAGGUAUUGGACGAUUUUGUGAUGAUAUUGGAUGAUUUUAAGAGUUUGAGGGUAAACAGGUCUGACUUAUUGUCCUGUAUUUCAAUUCAAACUUCCACAUACCUUGUGCUACUAUUGCCUUCACAUAGUUUGAACGCAGUCCUUCAUUUAUUAUUAAUUUCCUGAUCAAAUUUUUAAAGGAAGCUGACUUAUUGUUUUGUAAAAUGUAAACUGAAGAGAGAACACUAGCAGGUUUGUGUUAAACAUACACUAAUCAUAUGGGAUUUCUCUCUAACUUCAGCUUUAUCCAGCAAAAAAGGAGACAGAUGCGGAUGAUGAAGAUAGUGAAGAAAACUGUGAUGAGGAUGAAACUGAUGAUCAGGGUGAUCAUUUCAGUCAAGGCCCUUUCAAUGGUCCUGUGGGCUUGUUGAACAACACAAACAAUUUCUUCAACCAAGGCGGGAUGGUGUUUGGGAUCGGAACACCAUUUUUUGGGACAGCAAUAAACAGGUGAGGUCAUCAGGUGUGUUUAAAAAGUGAGGUUAUCAGGUGUCUUCAACAUGUGAAGUCACCAGGUGUCUUCAACAUGUGAAGUCAUCAGUUGUGUUCAACAUGUGAAGUCAUCAGUUGUGUUCAGCAUGUGAAGUCAUCAGUUGCGUUCAACAUGUGAGGUCUUCAGUUGUCUUCAACAGUUGAGGUCAUCAGGUGCGUCCAUUUUCUAAGAAUUCUUUAACUCAAGAACUGGUCAAAAGAAUUGUAUGGUUACAAUUAUAUAUAGUUAUCUUGCUUUGAUAGCAGCCUUCAAUUGAAUGUUCUGCUUAUAUGAUUUAUCAACAUGCAUUGCAUUACAUUAGGCGUUACCAUUAAUAUAACUCUUUGAAUUUGCUAAAAGAUCUGACUUUAAGUUGAUUUUUGUCUCCAUAGGGCAGCUCAACCAGUUUGCAGACAGUGUCCUAAUUUUGUUGACACAUCAAGUUUAGGACAACCAGUUGGAGGUAACUCUUAUACUUAUAUCUUUUAUUUUCAGAGGUAUUAGGAGAUAGUUUCAGCUCUAAUUUACUCUACUUCGUCAAGUUGGAUAAUUUUACUUCAAAAUUUGACUUAGCCGAGAGUUAAAUUGUUUUGCUAAAAUUACUAUGAUUACUUAAAUUAAAAAGAUAAAUUAUAAAUGAGGAGGAAGAAUGUUCUAAUGCCUAUCAUUGAAUUAUAGCUUCAACUGCCAUCCCCACUAGAGGUGCUGUAGGAGGGAUGGGACUAGCUGCCAGCACAUCAACAUUAACUGCUGCACUGUCUGGACCAUCAGGCAGUGGUAAGAUUUUAUUUAUGCAGUAAUAUUUUAAUUAUAACCAUCCAAAUCAAAGGACUUGUUUUAUGGAGUGGGACAAUAAUUAUUAGGAUUUACUAAAGAGGAUUCCUCCUUCAGUCUCUGACUUUUACAAGUUACCCCUUGUUACACUGGAUCAGCUGCACUAGGUCGGUUACACUAAAGAAGUUGCACUAGGUUAAUUAAACUUAGUCAUUUACAAGUCAUUCUUGCCUUUUAACUGAAUAAUUUUGCUAUCGUAAAUACCAGUUCAUACCGGUAUACAAUGAAUCAUAUCAUGUGUAAUAAUGCUCUGUAGCUGUUAAAUUGUUUUUUUUUCUUUUCCGCAGGCAGUGACAAUCCUGGUGCAAAGAUCCUUCCUACUGCGCCCAACUUUACAUGUGCUCCUAAUGGCAACCAUGUCCUGUGUCUGUGUUGUAUGCAACCAAUGCCAGACAGGAGGAAAAAUAACCAAAUACCACCACAGCAGUGUAAGGCAAUUUUAGAAUAAUUUUUCUUUCUAUUUCUAGCUCAGCAGUGUAGACAGUUGUCAUCAAUAUCUCAUUAUCUAAUGUAUGCUUUUGCUGUAGCAUAAAAUGGUGAACCACUUUUUUAGUUCAAUAAUGCAGAGAAUUUACUUGGCAGUUAUGUCACAUAAUUUUUGAUAUACUCCUUCAAAUUUUUUCUGUAAAACUUGUCUAGAUUAUAAAAAAUAAAAAUUGUGCUCUGAAUUCCUAGAAUUUUUUAUAUAUAAUUUCACGCAGGUGGAAUCUGCUACAGAGCUUACUGUCAUGCGUACUGGGGCUGUAGGAAACUGGAAUGUAAUGGUUGUUUGGGAAAAUUUAAAGGUAACAUAACACAAUUUACCCUACAGAUUUUGAAUAGAUUUUAAUUGGAAAUGCACAUUGGGGGAUUCUAAUCUAUACUGUUUUUUUAAUUGCUUCGUAAUGUUGAGUUACACACAAGCUAGAUGUUGAGUUAUAAACAAGUUAUAAACAAGUUAGAUGUUGAGUUACACAAAAGUUAGAUGUUGAGUUACCCAUAAGUUAGAUGUAGAGUUACACACAAGUUAGAUAUUGAGUUAUACACAAGAUAGACGUUGAGUUACACACAAGUUAGUUUAAAUUUUUAAAAUUCAAUAAUAAUUUAUCCAUUUCUUUUCAGAUAUGAAUUUUGGGGAAAAAUGUCUUGCUUCUUUAAUACUUAAUAAUGCCUAUGAGUCUGAAAUAUUUAAAGUGAGUUUACUUUGCUUGGUAUUAAUUGCUAAAUGCCAUGUUGUGUGUUGUAUUGUUCUUAAUUUCUGCUUCUAGUGGCUACUUUGCUAUGCAUAAUAAAUGUAUAAGAAAUAAUUAUUCUUAUUUAAAAAAUUCAAUGCAAUUAAAAAAACCCAACAAAGUAGACAAAUAAUUUUAGAAUAUAUGGUUUCUAUUUUUACAACUGCCUGGAGCCCUGCCCCAUUUACACACCACAUGCUCCCCUUACACAUGUAUAAUUCUAAUAAUCAUGAUGCGCUUAUUUUAAUAUUUUGUCCUCAGAAUUACAUGGAGACAAAAGGAUUGUCGGUGAAUGAUGUUCUUGCAGCAUGUCUGGCCAAGAUGGUGUUAGGAGAGUAUGUGUGUACAAGUAAGAACAGUUUUUACUGCUAGUAUUGUUUAAAGUAAUUUAUCUUUAAGCUUUUAAUCAUAACAUACUCCUGAAUAAAUUGUAUUAAAUGAUAAUAAGAAUAUAACUAGGUAACAGUAGUCCAAAUUGGAGAAAAAAUGCUUUUAGGGUCAUUUUUCAAAGUUUUCAACAAAAAAAACUAUUUCUAGUAGUGUUACACCAAUAAAAUUUAUAUGCGAAUAAAGUUUAAGUCUUUAUCUAGCAAAAUAUGUUACUUCUGUGUCUUUAACUUGUCUCUGAAAGUGUUAGUUUUACAAAUUUUAGGGCGUUUUCGAGAGUGCCGGUUUACCUCAAGGUGUUUCAAACGCUUGCGGCUUCACGCCUAUUUAAGUUAUCAGAAUUAUUCUACCACCAUAAGAAAGAGCAGAUAGUGUCCUUUCGUUUGAUGUAUAGAAAGUAUAUCUACCUUGCUUCUUUCAGUUUGAAAAAGCCGGUUGAAAACUUUCGUUAAAAAAAAUGGAGAUAUUGCUUUUAUUAGUACGUUCUUAACACUGUUGGAAAGCUCAGGUCUUGUACUAUUUAAUAACUCAUCUAAAUGUCAGUUGCAUAGUUGUAGGCAAAAUACAACUGGCUUAUCUCAUUCAUUGGUUCAUUCAAAGUCAUUUUUAAUGGCAUCCAUCUGUCACAAUGUGACGAUGGUGUAGACUUUGCAGGACAAAAUCACAAGGCCUGGGAUUUUCUCUUUAGGACUAUAAGCUGGUUCCCUAGAUGGCAAAUCACCUCUCUCCACACACUUGGAUAGCCCAAGAGAACACAACGCAUGGAUUCAGCUUGGCACCUGUUGCAGGAGUAGCCAUAAUUUUUUAUUGUAUUAAGAUAUCCGCCUACGGGACUCCCUCUCCAGGUUACUUCUCAUUGAUGAGUUUCCAUCCAAGGUUAACAGGUCCCAUCUACCUGGGGUGCUGGUGUUGUUUUUUUGCUUGACUUGGUCUUUGGUGGGGUUUGAACUCCAGACCACAAAAUGGGAUUGACUCAGUUUGUACCACUUGACCAAUAAAUAUAUUGACAGCUCCAAGAAAUGACGUUUUGAAUUAUAAUCAGAUUCUUUAGAAACUAUAGAUUAAGGGAAUUGUUUUUAAAUUAAAUACCGCUACAUUAUUAUUUUUAUUUACUUCUGUUGAUCAGAUCAGGCCGUUCUGUCUGCCAAUGAUGGUAUCAACACACCAGUAUGUUAUGAAUGUGGGCUGAGGAACUUCAGAGAUUUGGCUUACAAUUACAUGAGAGACAUUCCACUGGGUGAAUUACCAGGUCAGAAUUUUGUAGCAAUGAUUUUAAGAAAAGUUUUCUAUAAUUAAGGCAUAAGUUUGUCUUGUUGCUUAGAGUAUCUGCCAAUAUUCAAUUUGCACACAUUAAAUGGAAUAGGAAAAUGUCAGCCAUGAGAAUUAAAUUAUAAAUGUUGCAUUACAGUUGUACACAUUUAAUCAUUUAACAGCUGAAGUUAAAAACAGAACCAACUGCUAUUGGGGUCGGCAUUGUCAUACUCAAAGAAAUAAACCUAACCAUGCCAGGUGAGUCAAACAAUGGGGUCAAUCACUAAGUUACAAAAUCCUUUUCAAUAAAUCCCUACUUAAAAAUAAAUCAAAUGAGUAAAACAGAGUAGGGUUAAACCUGAAAAAAUAAACGCAACAAAACAGCGAACGUGUCGGCAGAAAGCCUUCGUCAGCGAACAAAACAACAGAAAAAACUUUAUUUUUCUGUUGUUUUGUUCGCUGACGAAGGCUUUCUGCCGACACAUGUUUUUUCUGUUGUUUUGUUCGCUGACGAAGGCUUUCUGCCGACACGUUCGCUGUUUUGUUGCGUUUAUUUUUUCAGGUUUAACCCUACUCUGUUUUACUCAUUUUAUUUUGUACUAACCUGAUUUAUGUUUUUUCUGUUGUUUUGUUCGCUGACGAAGGCUUUCUGCCGACACGUUCGCUGUUUUGUUGCGUUUAUUUUUUCAGGUUUAACCCUACUCUGUUUUACUCAUUUUAUUUUGUACUAACCUGAUUGCAGUCUCUCCCCUUAUUACCCCUUUUUUAAAAAUAAAUCCCUUUGUGAUGAAUUCUUAUUAAAUAAAUUCUUUCUGUUUCUCUGAUAAAAGACAUUUAAUAUAUAUAUAUAUAUAAUAAUAAUCAAAAUAAUUUCAUAAUUAUAAAUAAAUAAUUACAAUUAUAAAGAAUAGUUGCAGAUUUAAGGUAUAAAAAAAUAUAUUCUGGCCUUUUGGCCCUGACCUUAUCUUUUUCUGUUGACUGUUUUAUGUUUAAAAAAUUAAAUGUGUAAUGGAGUUUUGACUAAGUGUUGUUAUAUUUAAAUCUGGAUAGGAUUUUAUUAAACUUUUGAAGAAAAAAGAAUUUGUUAAUCACAUAAUUUACUGAAGGAAAAUUAUUUUGUUUUAAUUUCAGACGAUUCAAUCACAUUUGUGAACAGACAAGAACUUCUUAAAGCCACUUUCAAAGUCAGAGAGAAAAUAUAUUUUAUUUUUUUCUAGAAAUAUUUAUUCUCAUCUUUAUUCAUCUUUAGAGCGAAUGAUGGAAUUUCUUAUCAUAUUCAUUGUCAAGAAAGUUUGCAAUGAUUGUUGCACACAUCACCCUAUUACCCUAAUUAAGAUAUAUUUAUGUUCUUGUUUUUUUUACAAAUAUUAUAUGAACCAAUCACCAAUGGGAAGGUGUGUGUCAGCUAUGUAGCACUGCUGUCACUUUUUACUUAGGCUGGUGUAAAUCACCUUUUAACUUGUGCAUGAAGAUACAUCCUUGAUUUUAAAUACAGCCUGUUGUGAGCUGAUCUUAGCCAGUCCAUUAUCAUUAGAACAUGUUUUACAACAGUUUCAGUUGCUACUUUCACUCGAGGGGCAAUUAACUAGCUGCUAAAGACCUUCUUCUGUGUGCCAUGCUAAGGCAGCAUCGUCAGCAAACAGCAGUUCACGAAUUAGUACCUUUAUUAGCUUGGUCUUUGCAUGAGGGGCGGGUGUUAUUGAACUGCUUACCAUCAGAUCUGGUAUGGAUGUAUACACUGUCUUCAAAGUCCCUGGAGGCAAAUUUAAGAAGCAUCAAGAAGAAAAUGGAGAAAAGCGUUGGUCCCCGUACAUGACCUUGUUUUACUCGGCUGUUGACUGGGAAUGCCCCAGUGACCGCGCCAUUGAAGGUUACUGUGCUGUGCAUGUUUUCGUGAAAUGAUUGUGAGCAGUCAUGGGGGACAAUUUAUUCUAUGCAUGAUACUGAACAGGCCUCUCCAACUUACCAAGUUGAAUGCCUUUGUCAGAUCUAUGAAAGCAAUAUAAAGAGGCCCAUGCUCUUCACGACACUUCUCCUGCAAUUGACGAAAGGAGACUAUCAUGUCCAAAGUUGAACGACCACUUCAGAAGCUACAUUGGAUUCUGGGUGGAUGUGGUUAGCCAGAAUCUGCAAUCCUGUAAGGUCGACGUGGGCAAACGUCUUGUCCAAGCCAAGAAGAGAAUUCCUUGGUAAUUUUUACAAUCGCCACGGUCACCUUUAUUUUUGUACAAUGUUACAAUGAUGGUGUUUUUCAUGUCCUGCUUUCCAACACAGACAGAGGAGCUCAUGUAAGAGCUGAAGUAGUAUUGGUUGUCAAUUUUUGAGGAUUAUAUGGCAAUCCCUGUAGCCUUCCCAUAGCAAGGUAGUUAAUUGCUUUUUCGAGUUCCUGCAAAGUUAGUUAGCUCUUCAUCUAGUUCUUCAUUAUUGACAGGAUGGGAAUAUUAUUCAGAGCGGUCCGUGACUACUUUCAUUGUUGCUUAUAGUUCAAGAUAAUGCUUUACCCAAUGCUGAAGUUGAUGUACUGCAUGCUUUUAUUGUGGUGCAUCAGAAAGAAUUGAUAUUGAAAAUAAAAGUCAUAUUACUUGGCUGGCAAAGUCAUCAACCAUAUCUACAAGUUCACAUAACUGCUAUUUUGUUAUACCCCACCUUCUCUUUCAUUUUUCUAUAGGUGUUUCUACAGGAUGCUUGCUCCUCCAAUUUCAAUUAUAUACCCUGUAUUUUAGUUAACAAUUUAAUUCAAGUAUUGUGUAUCCAUGUUUAUAGUUAAAAGACUUUUAGCCAAAAUGUUUGGUGUUAUUUUAAUAACGCAUCAUUAUGCUCUUAUUCAAAGGAUAGUUUGUGUCUUUUAAUAUAUAUGCUUUACAAGUUAUAAUAAUCCUCAUUAACUACACUCAAUAAAAGCAAGCAAAGGCGAAUAACAUCAGAAAAAUAAAAUAAUACCCAAGAUAAUUUAAAAAAAUAAAAUCAUGUUUAAAAAUAAUUAAGCCACAUAAUCCAAUAACUUUGAACAACAUCCAAAAAAUUAGUGUUGGCAGCAUGCUAGAAACACUGGGCUGGUCAGCAUUGGAAGAACGACGACUAUCCAGGCUCACCAUGUUGUACAAGAUAAAAAAUGGAAUGGUCCACUGCUCCGGCAUCAAACAGAAACUCGUCCAUCUUCCCCCCAGACAGCGACGAGGCCAAGACAGACAGUUCCGGCUGGUAAAAAACAAGAACUCAGUACAGGAGCUCCUCAUUCCUGCCAAAGACAAUAGGGGACUGGAACAAGCUUCCAAAAGCAACAGUUGAGGCAGCUACACUCGACACAUGUGUGUCUAUUGCCUCCUGUAUUCCAACCCCCAGUUCAUAACACCACUGCUGAGUAGCCCUUGCAACCAGUGAAGUAUCCCCUUGAAAACCAUGCACAGUAACAUCACAAACC